AUGGGCUUCAUCUGUCUUCUGGUACUGAUUUUGACAUCCGUCAGUUUGUCAUCUGAUGGCGGCCUAGCUGCUCUCUGCAGCCCAGCCUACUGCCCGCCACCCUGGCUUGCUUUCGAGGGGCGCUGCUAUCUGUGGGUGGACCAACCAAUGUCUUGGAUGGAUGCUGAACACUACUGCCGGAAGCUAUCCCACCCGGGGAAGAUGGCCCACCUUGCGUCCAUCCACAGCAAAGAAGAGGAUGAAUUCAUCAAAACGUAUGUUGAAAAAUCCUCUGUCGAUCCGCCCGUUUCUGGCUACUGGAUUGGCUACAAUGACAUCGAGCAGGAGGAUCGUUUCCAGUGCAGUGACGGAUCUUAUGCAUCUUACGAUGGGUGGGAUCCAAGAGAACCACGCGACAUUGGAGGCGAAGACUGCGUAGAAUGUCGGUCCGAGUAUGCCGGUCUGUGGAAUGACGUGCGGUGCACUAAAAACAAUCCUUGUGUUUGUAAACUCUAG